CCCAUUGGCCGGCAUGGUCACGUGAGCGAGGCGCCCGGCCGGUCAGUGGGAUCGUAGGGGCAGCCGGCGGUGACGACCGUGGCGACAGCGACGGGCCCGGCGGGCGCGCCCGGCAUGGAGGGCCCGCAGCUGGGCAGAUACUGCGCAUAUCUUCAGCAAGCUCAAGCAUUUUACUCGUUUCCAUUCCAUCAGAGGAUGACUGCAGUGCCCACCAUGGAAAUGAUGACUGAGCAGCCAACUCUAGAGGGCAUUCCAGAGGCAAACAUUGCUCAGGAGCCUCCAAAAGAAGUUAAAAAAGGGGGAAGGAAAAGAAAAGCCAAAGCAACUGAGCCAAAGCAACCCAAAAAGCCUGCUGCUAAAAAAGAAAAACCAGCCAAGUCCAAAGGCAAACAAGAAAAGAUCACAGAUACUUUUAAAGUCAAAAGAAAAGUGGACCGUUUUAAUGGUGUAUCUGAAGCUGAACUUCUGACCAAGACUUUGCCUGAUAUUUUGACCUUUGAUCUGGAUAUUGUGAUAAUUGGCAUAAACCCUGGCCUGAUGGCAGCUUACAAAGGACAUCAUUACCCAGGACCUGGAAACCAUUUUUGGAAGUGUCUGUUCAUGUCUGGUCUAAGUAAUGAACAGCUGAACCACAUGGAUGACCACACCUUGCCACAUAAAUAUGGGAUUGGAUUUACAAACAUGGUUGAAAGGACAACACCUGGAAGCAAAGACCUCUCCAGCAAAGAGUUUCGGGAAGGAGGGCGAAUUCUGAUGCAGAAGCUACAAAAGUAUAAACCUCGUAUAGCAGCUUUUAAUGGAAAAUGUAUUUAUGAAAUUUUUAGUAAAGAAGUAUUUGGAAUUAAAGUUAAGAACUUGGAAUUUGGACUGCAGCCACACAAAGUGCCAGAUACAGAAACUCUCUGCUACGUUAUGCCAUCUUCCAGUGCAAGAUGUGCUCAGUUUCCUCGGGCACAAGAUAAAGUCCAUUAUUACAUUAAGCUGAAAGACUUAAGGGAUCAACUGAAAGGCAUCGCACCCAACAUGGAGGUCCAGGAGGUGCAGUACACGUUUGACUUGCAACUUGCACAAGAGGAUGCUAAAAAGAUGGCUGUCAAAGAAGAAAAGUAUGACCCAGGCUAUGAAGCAGCGUAUGGAGGAGCUUACUGUGACCGUGCGCUGUAUGACACUGACCAGUGCAGCUUGUCUUCAAAUGGAACUGCAGGAAGCAAUCCACAGUACUGCAAAGGCUCAUCCUUCAGUGAGGUUCCUAACGGACAGUGGAUGACACAGUCCUUUGCAGACCAGAUUCCAGAGUUCAAUGCUGUUAUGACACAAGAAAAGGAAGGAAGCAGCAUGUAGGAGCUGUUUCUUCUUGGCUACGCACACAUGCUGCAGUUUUAAUGCAGUGAUCAAGAUUGGUACCUCAGUUCUCCAACUGAAGCAUCUGAAUAGUAUUUUAUUUCCCCUAGUUAUUUUAUUGUAGUCCAAAGUAAGUGUGUGGUAGGCUGAAAUCCACGAACUAGAUAAUUUUAAGGAACUGUCCAAACUUUUUAAAAAAAAUUGGCCCCUUUUUGUAUAUGAGUUUUAUAUUUAACGUAUACCAUUUCUUCCAGUUUUAACAAAUUGCUUUCUCAUUUCUGAAGAUUUCUUUGGGGUGUUAAUUUUAUUCCAUAAAUGGCAACGUGGUAGGAACAGCAGCAGUAUACUUUUUACUGAUGCCUCAAUAUUUGGAUAUCUCUUAGUAUUUUUAUAUCCAGAGGAGAAAAUGGAAAAUGCACCCUUACCUUGUGUGAAACAGUGUUUUUAAUCAUGCACAGUUAAGGAAAUAGCGCUUUUUAAGCCUGCCUUUUACCGUCUUAAAAAGCAUAGAAAGUUGUGUUCUGCAGCUAUUGGUGCUGUCUUCUGGGUGGGAUGAGAGAGCUCUUUCUGUUCAGUUAGUGUACCAUAAUUAAGGAUGAAGGGAGUGAAGACAUAAUCUCAAGUCACAACACUGGGGAGGAAAACUUGUGUCACACAGGACAGGGCCUAAAUAUUCUAGCUGAGAUCUCUUAGGAUAAGGUUUCUCUACCACUCCAUCUCUUUCCCCCUUAAAUUCCAAUGUAAGGAACCAGAAUUGCUUUUAUAAAAAAAGCAAAAACAAAGAGCAGUGGUAGUUCUUGAAUUCUGUGGUAUUUAAACCCCAUCAUUUCCAUAAAGUUAGUCCCUUUGCCUGACCUUUAGCAGGAGACAACCCCUUUGAAUGAGACAGAGAACUGAAAGACUGCUUUGUCUUUAAAAGUCAUGUACAGCUAUGUUAUUUACAUCAUGUACAAUUAGCACUGGGUGAAAUAGAUUUGCAGUUUAGCAGUUUUUAACAUUAAGCUCUCUUCAAUCUGUCCUACCUUAGAGGGUCUUCCCUUUAUUCCACUUAAAAGUUAAAAACACUAAGUUGAAUACAGGGACAGCAGUUCCAUGAAUAAGUUGUCUGUAGAAACUAUAACUCUCUUCUGAGGAACUUGCCUAAAUUAUACACAUUUUUGGCCAAUAUUAGUGACUGAGAAAAAAAAAAAUUCAUCCUGGUGCCUAACUCUC